UGCCAUCUCUAAUCAAAUACCGUUACUUGGCGGCAACUUGGACAAAAUUCCAAGAAGUGGAAAAUCACUUUAUUUUGUGCUUGUGUAGCUGGCGCCUGUUAUCUCUGGGAUUGCGAUUUGCGACAUUACGCUACUUAAACCUAGUUUUUUUUUUGUUUCAAGUAAAUUAUAACCGCAAAGAAGUAACGCAACAAAUACUUCAUAUUAACACCAAAGCUAGGUUUUUGUAGAGUAAAGUUCGCAGGAUAACAGUUACUUGGACGCCAUGUUCCGGAGCAGCCUGGAAGGCAACGCAGCAGCCGUAGGUAGCAACGGAAUCCUUCUCGGACAAACGACUAACUGUUCUCCAAUGCAGGACAAUUACUCGGCGUUCCAUGGAAGGGGCGGGCUCAAUUUGCUGGGCCUCCAGGAUAUGUAUUUGGACACUAGCGGCACUACUGGGAGCCUGCCUCCCACUCCGUCCGUUUCGUCGGCCACGCUAAGUCCCCCCAGCACACCGCUGACGCCCCUCACUCCGGAACCCACUGCGCAGACAACGACGCAUUUUCCACUUUUGGCUGACAGCGCAGCCGCAGCCAAUACGCUGCUCCUGCAACGCCAAUACCAUUACCACUUGCUGCUCCACCAGCAACAACAACAAUUGGCCUUGGCGCAACAUCAAUUGGCUUUGGCUGCAUCGGCGGCCGCGGUAAAUGUUAAUAAUCAUCAAAAGGAUGAGAUUGCGCGAUCUCUAAAGAUUUUUGCGCAGCUGACCACAGGCGCAUCAGAGAACGCGCAUGGCUCCAUGCAGGAUGUGAUGCAGGAGUUUGCGGCUAAUGGCUAUGUGAGCGAUGACAUUAAUCGCUUCCACUAUGGGAGUGCUCCGCCACAAGCUAUGACACCGCCGCCGCCGCCGCCUCCUUCUCUACAGGCGCCAUUGGGACACACUUCAUCGCCGCAGGCCAGUCCAAAUGUUAAUUUAAUGCCUGUCUCAGUACCGGCGCCACUUACGGCCCACUGGCUAAGCAAUUACCGCGAGCAGCUCAACAAUGUUUGGCGGCACAUGUCCUACAUGCCCACCGCCACCAAUACUGCCAGCCUCCAGGCUCAAGCGGCGAUGCCCAUUGCCCCUUUGACCGGCAUGGGGGUCAGCCUGGGAUUCCCUAUUCAACCGGACCAUUUGCGCAAUGGGAGCAUUUCAAACAACGCCAAUAAAGUUCAUAAGCGUUUUAAUAACAAGACAAAAGAUGUAAAUCGUCACUGCGUAUUUUGCGAGAACAACAGCGAACCGGAGGCAGUGGUUAACAGCCACACGGUUCGCGACAACUUCAAUCGUGUUCUUUGCCCCAAGCUACGCACUUAUGUGUGCCCCAUUUGUGGAGCAUCUGGGGAUUCGGCGCACACUAUUAAAUAUUGCCCCAAGAAGCCAAUCAUCACCAUGGAGGAUGCUAUCAAGGCGGAGUCGUUCCGACUUGCCAAAAGCAGCUACUACAAGCAACAAAUGAAAGUUUAAACUCUCAGCUCAGUUUAAACUCCUAGAAGAACUAGAAGCUCUGGAAGCUUCUUAAGCGUUUUAUAUAAUCAGAAAUAUAUAUGCGCGUUCAACUUUAAGGCUGAGAUUAACAGAAAAGAUUCAUUAACAGGUAGCGCCUGGCGCGUUCGAUUUUAUAAAGUUUAAUAACAAAACUUGUCUCGUGUCUAUAUUACGUACAGUAUAGUCUACGACUGAUCAAUCAACUCAAAUCAAAUUUAUUUAAAAAAUAACUAAAAAAAAAUAAUUCAUGUUUGUUUCUGUGAAAAGAAAGCCAAAUUUUGUAAUUGAAGAGUACUUACAAUAUCGUAAUAUUUGUUCAAUCGUCGUGGCCGAUAGAAACAUCUCACAAUCCGAAAUUUAAUUGAAGGAACUGGUCUGGCUCUGGAUAAUUUUGCGAACAUUUUUUUUUUUAGAAUGUUGUUCGUCUCAGGCUGAGUAAAUUUCGAUAUAUCUGUAAUUGAUGUACAGUAUGUACUAAAAAUUUUGAAAAUGAGGACAUUGAAUUUCGAACUGCCAGUCUUACAUAUUUAGAAUUUAAUUUGAAACUUGCUAAUGGAAAUAGCAAGGAACACUUUCGUUACAAUCGGCUACGUUUUCAUUUUUAUUGUGAAAGUUUUUAAAUUUUGACAUUCCGUAGUAGAGAUGAUAAACGAAAAUUUAUAUAUUUUUUUUAUUACAUGUAUCGCGUAAAUUUCAUUACGCAAAUCUAAUCUAUUUAAAUUCAAAUAAUUCAUAUCAAUUGUUUUUGAGCAUAUAUAUUAUAUUUUUUAUUUUUUUAAAAACGUACAAAGCUGAAGUUGAAAUAUUCAAUGGCAAAAGAAUCAAAUAAAGAUGUAAUUUCAUAUCAAA